AUGCACAGGCAACUUAAAGCCGCUUUGAUGGGUCACGAGGAAACAUGGUACAAGUCGCUGCCUGUGGUCCUACUCGGCAUGCGCGCAGCUCUCAAAGAGGACCUGCAAUGCUCACCGGCCCAGCUAGUUUACGGGGAACCCCUGCGCUUGCCCGGUGAACUUAUUGCCCCUACUCCAGCUCCAGAUCGCGUCGAGGACUUAACCAACUUCGCCACUCAACUCCGCCUACAGAUGGCACGACUGAGGCCAACACCUGCCUCCCGCCAUGGUCAGCGGCCAGUCUUCGUUUCGAAGAACCUCUUGACUGCUACACACGUCUUCUUGAGAGGACACAGUCAGACCUUCUCCCAAGUCGCCCUAACCUCA